AUGGACGGAGGGGAGUGGGGGAAGGGAGGCCAUGCUAGGGCCCUUCGUCAACAAGCCGGCGGCCAUCUUGCUUUCUCCCCCUCCACCGCCUGCUCGCUUCCCCUCCGGCCCCUCCGCCCAACUAACUGCGCCUCUCUUCCUCUUCACUUUGUUUCGGGUCAGCGUUCUUGUCGGAGCCCGCUGUUCUCUUCCUCGAUCUACGUCUUUACAGACGUAAAAUGA